AUGACCGAGUACAAGCUAGUCGUGGUAGGGGCUGGCGGCGUUGGUAAAUCCGCAUUGACUAUACAGCUGAUACAAAACCAUUUCGUUGAUGAAUACGAUCCAACAAUAGAGGACUCAUAUAGGAAGCAAGUUGUGAUAGAUGGGGAGACGUGUCUUUUAGAUAUUUUGGACACGGCAGGUCAAGAGGAGUACUCGGCGAUGAGAGAUCAGUACAUGCGAACAGGGGAAGGAUUCUUACUUGUUUUCGCUGUGAACAGUGCUAAGAGUUUCGAGGACAUUGGGUCGUACCGGGAGCAGAUUAAACGAGUUAAGGAUGCGGAGGAAGUUCCCAUGGUAUUAGUGGGUAACAAGUGCGAUUUACAAGCAUGGGCUGUCGAUAUGACGCAGGCGCGGGAGGUUGCACGGAGUUAUGGUGUACCAUUCGUAGAGACGUCAGCUAAAACUCGGAUGGGCGUAGAUGAUGCCUUCUACACGCUAGUCCGUGAAAUUCGCAAAGACAAGGAAAGCCGCGGCAAAAAGUACAGGAGGGGGAACAAACUCGGCGCCCGACGUAAUUUUAAAUGUACGCUUAUU